AUGGGAUUCUACUCAACCAUAACGAACGAAAUAUCAUUCUACACCGGUCUUUCUCCAACCGCUUUCUUCACCAUCGCAUUCUUAACGUUCAUUGUUUACCGAACUGUUUCUUCCAUGUUUGUUUCCCCUCAAGAUUUCAAUAAACCGCCGGUUGUUUCGGCUCGGUCCGGUUCGCUGUUUGAAGUGGCUGAGCCGCGGAGAGAACCGGUUCCGGUUGGUGAAAUUACUGAAUCGGAGUUGCGGUUGUAUAAUGGGUCGGAUAAAAGUAAACCGAUUUUGAUUUCUGUUAGAGGACAGAUCUAUGAUGUCUCCGAGGGGAGGAAUUUUUAUGGUCCAGGAGGAUCGUAUACAAUGUUUGCCGGAAAGGAAUGUAGCCGAGCCCUUGCUCUCCUGUCUUUUAAACCUCAAGAUAUUAACGGAAACCUCGAAGGUUUGGCCGAAUCAGAGCUCACAAUCUUAGAGGACUGGGAGUAUAAGUUCAUAGAAAAGUAUCCAAAAGUUGGGCGGCUUGUUCCAGAAGAAAGAACUCAGCAAAUCGAGCAGAGUCAAGAAGACAAUUUGAAAGUAAACUCUAAUGAAUCACAAGAGUAA